AUGAUCGACGAAACUGUUCCUUCUGAAAAAGAACUCAAAAGGUUCUUCGAAAAGGAUGCUCUGUGCUGGGAAAAAGCAAAUCUGGUGCUUGAGAAGACACGAGCGGCAAAGAUAAAGAAGAGAAAGAAACUCAAAAAGACAAUAAAGGAUGCAGAAGUAGAUAAAACGAUACAAGCUCCGAACGAUGCCCAACCAUUGCGGACGGUAGAAACGGUGGACGAGCUCAUACAAAUGGCAAAGGAGACGUAUGUCAACUACCAAAGGCAAAGAGGAGCGGUGGAGAAGGUCUUCCUCAACAUCGCGUCAUACUUUGAGAGGCACUCCCAGAUCAUCGACGUUUUCAUUCAACAGGAGCCGAAAUUUACAGCACUUGUCUGGGGUUCUAUACGCUACCUUCUACAGGUUGUCGUGGAUUGCAAAGAGGCGUCAGAAGUAACGGCGAACGGCAUAUUCCUUAUUGCACAACAUGCGGAGAGAUGGUCAAGAAUGGCGAAAAGCUUUGGAGAGAAACGGCGAGUGGAAGAGGCCACGGUGGACUUAUACUACCAUGUUCUCGACUUCUUGCACUCUGCCAUUGAGCGCUUUCGACGAGAUAAGUUGGCGAGACUUCAAGCGUCGUUCUUCAACAAUACUAGACAAGAAUUCGAGAAAAAAGUCGCCCAGUUGCAAAGCGCAGCAGCAAGGUUGGACAAGGAAGUGGAUUGGGAAGAACAAACCAAGAUGAUUACCGAGGCUAUGCUGGCAUAUGAUGUGCAAACAGGAGCUUGCAAGAUGAGAAUGGACAUUAGUCAGAUUCACGACUGCAUCAGUCCAUUGGCUAGUCCGAUUGCCAGUCGUCCACAAGGUUUCGAUGUUGCAGCCUCGGAUGCGCAGCCCAAGUGGCUCACUACGCACCCAACGUACCAGAAAUGGCUAGUAAAUAAAUUCCCGAGCCCACUUUGGAUAGUGGGUAAGCCAGGCGUGGGUAAAUCAGCACUCGCCCAUCAAACUUCCAGUACCUUAUCUCAAUCAGGACACACUGUCUUCACACACGCCUUCCAGAGUAAUGCGUCCUCACAGAAGCGGGACAGGGCCAGUUUUCCAAUUUCAAUCCUUACCCAGCUUCUUCCUUCAACAUAUCCAGUUCAAGAUUUUCAGGAGCAGGUUUUUACAAAGCUUGUUCCCUCAUAUUAUCAGUACAAGUCGCGAUUUGAAGAUUGCCCUUUUGAGCAGCUAUGGCCCCAUUGUGUUACCCUUCUAGAGAAAGAACGAGAGUUCGUAUUGCUCAUUGAUGCUAUCGAUGAAUGUAAUUUCGGCAACCGUGGGCAAGCAGAGGAGCUCCUGGAGUGUUUUCAACAGGUCCUGGACCGCACAAGCGGAAAGAUAGCUAUCUUUUCUCGCCCCAACGAUAUGUUUGGCUUCGGAACCUCGUCAAGACUCCACAUGAAUGAGAUCAGAAUCACUAAAGAAGAUAUUCUACCUCAGAUUAUGGCAUUCUGUGAUACCGCACUAAGCAAGUUGAAAUUCACAGAGGAGAUGAAGCUUCAGGUGACUUCCCGACUCAAGCGCGAUGCAAACUCCUUUCUAUGGGCUACAAAACUGCUACAGCAGUUCAAAACCACUCUCAAAAUGGGGACCUUCGAAGCAAUUCUGGAAAACUGGCCCAAUGAUAUCUGGGGCAUUUAUACCAAUGUUUGGCUGGAUAGGCUAAGCAGCCUUGAUGACGAGAGUAAAUCGAGUUGCCAGGAUAUAUUUCUAAUGUUGCUUGGAGCUCGAAGGGAUUUCAAGAUCGAUGAAUUGGACGACGCCCUUGGUUUCAUUCCAGACUCGGGUAUUGCCCAGUUUAUUACUUCAACCCAUUGCCAACCUUUGAUCCAGGUUGUUGAUGGUAGCGUGAGCCUCAGUCAUGCUUCUGUCCGAGAUUUCUUGCUUAGUGGAGGGAUCGGUGACACGAGAUUCUCGAAAUCAGCACCCGAUGCGACUUUGGCUCGGAAGUGUCUCGAGUUUCUGAUUAGGGAGGCUUAUGCAAGUCAGGACCGCAUCGGUCAGCGUUUAAGGAAGAACAUUGGAGUCGGUGGCUCAGAUCCCACUGACGACGAGACCUUUUACGAAUAUGCUGCUCGCUAUUGGUACAUUCAUCUCACAGCCCUCUCGUCUCCGGACCAAAGUUUAUUGGAGCUCGCCAACAAAUUUCUACAUCUACUCCAAUUCGCACACUGGGCUGAAUACUCGAUCAGGGAUAUUGGCGACUUUCAAGCCAUCCGGUCAACAGAGAUGACUUUGACGGUUUGGUUGAAGAGUUUGAGUCACCGCGAUAGAUCUCUGAUACAUCUAGAUGACUACUUCGAGUUCCCUUAUCGAAAACUUGCCAGAGUCUUCAAAGAUUACGAAGAAGACAAGGAAUUGCAGUGGUUGGCUCUGAUGCAUCUCGGGUUCUACUAUUUCGACAAGGGAAGGAUGGCUGAAAUGGCCGAAGUUCGCAGGAAGGUCGCUGCUGGGCUCAAGGAUCUUCUCGGACCACGUCACCCUCUAGCGCUUCGAGCAGCUGCAGAUGCAGCAUAUACCUUUCUUUUCAACAACGAACUCCCGAAAGCCCAAAGACUCUAUGCCGAAUUAGCCUACGCCCAACGUGAAGUUGGAGGUCCUGACGAUGCCAGUUCCUACUUUACACUCGUUUUCAAAGCUCAGGCUGAAUAUCUCAUGCUUGACUCGCCGAAAGCACUAAACACACUUACUGAUUCUUUGGAGGGGCUCUUUCGAAUAUUAGGUCCCCAGAGCAAUGGCUAUCUGAUAGCUCAAUUGUGGUAUGCUGUUGCUAAUGCAUCAGCUGGUCAUAUUGAACAAGGCAUCAAACUACUGGAGUUCGUGCGUGACAAGCGAAAAGAACAGUAUGGGCCGAAGGACUCUUUUGGAGUAACUACGCAGAUCUUCUUGGGAGAUUUGUAUCGAAAAUUGGGCUCCGAUGAGGGAGCUCUGCAGAAUAUUCAACCUGCACUUGGCUUUCGACGUAGCUUCUGGCACCUCUCUCACUUCUUGACGCUCGAUACAGCUCUUAUAUUGGCGAUUACAUAUAGAGACUUUGGUCGAGAAGAUGAAUCAGCUGAAAUCAUCGAAGAGCUUGAAAACAACGGAAGACUAGACAGAGAGCAAAAUAUUAUACGAGCCUGCCAAGUCAAGCAUAUGAGAGCCCUUUGGUUGUUCGAGGAUGGACAACUAGACAAGUCUAUCGGGAUACUGGAGUUAUUACUCCUCGAGAUCGAUGAGAAGUACAAUAACAGGGCCCUCCAGUGGGUUCGACUCGACCUUGCAUAUAUGCUUAGAUACAGAGGGAGAGAUGGGGAUGAGGGUACCGCAGAUUCACUCUUUGAUGGUAUCGUCGCAGAUGAGGCGAACGAUCCUGAUGAUGAGCCUGAUCCACCAAGAUGGCUAGAGAUUGCAGAGCGGGCGCUAAAAUUGCUACGGAAAGGGAAUACUGACGGAGCGAAUGAUCUUCUCGGGAAGGAGAAAUUGCGUUGGGCUCGUGAGGAGAGUUUAUGGAUGUGGUUAGGGAUGCCGGCGGCUGAUACAGGAUGGAUGAGGCUGCCAAAGGGCUUGGGUGAUGACAAUAUGUGA